AUGUUUGCAUCGCUGUCGAUCGACAGCGUCCUCGCCCAAGAAAAUUCAGGAAACUGUCCCAAGGAUAGGAAGAGAAAAUCAUGCCAAGAAAAUGUUGCAAAUUUGACUAACACUUUACCGGAUGAUGUUUUCGAAAAUAUGUUUGCAUCGCUUGCAAUCCAAGAUUCUAGGGUGGCUAGUACUGCUUCCACGAGAUCGUGGAAACGCGGACCUAUUAUUCUUGAUGACAAAAUUCUUGCUGAAGGCAAUUCAGAUUGCACCACUUCCACUGACUUUAGGAGGCCAAGAUCAGAGACAUUCAUUGAAAGAGCAAAUGAAGUGUUGCUGCAGCAUGAUGGAACUGGCGUUCGAGUGUUUCAGGUUCGUUUUGAUUUGAACUCCACUCAUGCUGCCCACCUUGACAAAUGGGUCCAGUUUGCGUCCGAGGUGGGUGCAAAAUAUCUGAAACUUAGCUUGGGUAAAAACAAGACAUCUUGUCCGGAGCAUUUGGUGACUGCAAAUCGUUAUAGCUUCCCUUUGCAUUGCUUCGGCGAUGGACAAAAAAGGACCUCGAUACGGAAGCUAGACCUAAGGAAUUGCAAAUUCACUCCACCGCUGGAUUCCAGUGCCUUUUCGUCCAUCUUAUACCUUUUUCUAAUACGUGUCACAAUAACCGACUCCGGCGUUCAGAACAUUUGCUCGUGUUGCCCUUUUCUCAGCUUUUUGAGACUGGGACGCUGUGACGAUUUGGUUAAUGUAAGGAUUUCCCAUGAAGCACUGUUUCAUUUGGAUAUAUUUCAUUGCAACAAGCUGGUGAGUAUUGAGAUUCACGCCAGCAGACUUCUGGGCUUUCAAUAUGAUGGACAAGAGGCACACAUCAAUUAUGCUAGUACCCCAAAUAUGAGGUUUCUGGUAAACAAGUUUGGGAACAGAAAUUGUUCUCUUCCGAAUAAUUUAGAUGCCAUGAGAAGGAUCAGCAGAAUCACCUUGACAUUUUUUUCGCCAUCGGAGGAGCCCGAUUGUAUGCUUUACGCGAAGAAAUUCAUGGCAUUACAGUCCAUCCACCUGUUUAUUUUGCCAUCUUGGAAUAAUGUUCUCGCAAUAGCUAAUCUCCUUAAAGCAACUCCUGAUCUUAAAAGACUCCGUCUAGAAGCACGCAGCGGAGACCACCAUUAUCGGGACGACGUCCAACUCCAAGUCAGCUGA